GGGUACCCAACCCGAAAGGGAUGUACCAGGUCCUGGGAUGCAGCAACAGCUCCCUGCUGCUUUCCUUCAACAACUGCCCAAGGGCUUCUUCACUCCCGCGUGAGCCAGGAACACAGGCACCAACGCUGAACUGCAGGAGGAAUUACAGGAAUGAAAAUGUUUGUGCAGGCAGAAGCCAAGCUGGCUGUGCAAGUAGGGGAUACAUGGAGCCGGGGCAGCGCAGCCUGGAUGCGGAGCAGAUGCAGCAGCAGCAGCAGUUGAAACUACGGGAGCGGCAGAAAUUCUUUGAGGAGGUUUUCCAGCAUGAAGUGGAUUUCUACUUCCCCGUGUCUCACCUGCAGCUGGAGCAUCGGAGACCCCCCUUGGGGAGCAUUUCCUCGAUGGAGGUGAAUGUGGACGUGCUGGAGCAGAUGGACAUGAUGGACCUGUCAGACCAGGACACUGUGGAUGUGUUUCUGGCCUGUGGGACAGAGGAGAGCAGCGUUUCCGGGCCCCUGACAGGAGCAGAUGCCAGCCAGUGCCAAGAGGAAAUCACCCUGCAAGUGCCCAGUGCAGCUGAGACCAAGUCACGCAUUUCCUCCACAUCCUCUGUCUCUACGGAUCCCAACAGCCUGGACACCAGCGAGGAAGGGGCUGAGACCCCUGUGGUGCAGUCAGAUGAGGAGGACCUGCAGGAGGACAGUCCUAAAGAGCUAGCAAGAAGCUAGCAGCCAGCUCUGCCCUGCUCCCAGCCUCUUCUGGAUGGACCAGCCAGCCUGGAGGAAGGAAAGCUGCUGGCACUCAGUAAACCCCAUCCUGGACUGCUGCCUUGCCAGAGGGGAGAUGGUUUUCCCUCCUCUCCCUCUGCAGGUUCUCCUGGCAUCCAAGGCAGAAGCAAAGGGGUAUUGUAGGCUCCCAAAACUAACUCUUCAGGCUUUGCUGCUAACACUUCCUUGCUUCAUUCCCCUCAAAUGCUCAACAUCCCACAGCCCCACCAUUCCCAGAAACCAUCCCUUGGGAUCCCAGCUCCCAUUGUCCCACUGACAAGCACCCUAUCCAGACAAGCAUUUAACAAAGGCAUACAGAGAAAUAACACUCCUAUCUAACCAA